AUGAAGUCCUACUAUUUUUCUUCCGGAAAGCUUGUAUUGCUUAUUUCAUCUAUAUUUGGAGCUGGAGUGGCUGUUUUUGGAUACUGCAUUUUCAACGUUGAUAGUCCUACUUUGUUACUAAUUCACAUAAUUAGCAACUUUAUCCUUAUUUGGGCGUUUCUGUCAGUAAGCGUUUGUGGAUUUUUGCUAUUACUGGAGUUGGACAUAGAAUUACCAGGUAAAUUUACAUCAGCGAUAACGAAAUAUUAUGGCAUAAAUAUGUCAAUUCGUCGAAAUAAGGAUUUGACUGCUGCAUUAAAUGAGAUUCAAUUCAAAUUUAAGUGUUGCGGUACGCAUGGUGAAAAAUCAAGUAAUUAUUCAUGGUUUAUUUAUAGAGGGUCAAGCACGUGGUUUUACAUUACACAAGAGCUAGGUCUAAAAUCGACGGUCCAAUACGUUCCAGAAAGUUGUUGUGUUUUAAAAAGUCACAAUCUUCAAUUCAAUUCUUUCUCAGAAAUUCAGUCGCAAAGUGGUGUUUUCCUAGACAGAGAACUAUGUAUUGGUUAUAAGUCACUUACAACAAGAGACGAUAUUGCACCUCGUAUUGAUAAUCCAUUAUAUACCACUAGAAGUAAUACAUAUCUAUAUGAAAAGGGAUGUGUAACGGUAGUCAGACAAGAGUAUCAACAAUAUUCUAUCAUGUUAGCUGCUUCAGGCACAACUGCUCUGGUGCUAUCUAUAGUUGGAUUUAUUCUGUCACUGGUUCUACUAUUCCAUAUUGAAUAUCAACAAUUUGUUAGAAUUUCAACGGACUGGAAUAUUAAUACUAGUACAAUUAAUAUACAGUCAUCUAUACAAGACAAUAUCAGCACUACAUCUAAACAGUUAUCAGAGAAUGAAGUGUUAGUUAAAGCCUAA